CAAGUACAAUAUCUUAUUUACAUAUUUGACUGAUAGUACCUAUUGGUAGGGUAAAAUAUUCCCGUUAUAUUUGGCGUUUACGAGAUUAUCUGCAUGAGUGGAUCUGUAUUACAAGUAGUUCACAGUGAGUUGGUUUAAUGAAUUGAAAAUGUUGAUAAGGACUUUAUAAUGUGAAUUGUGUGGAUGGCGUGAUUCACCAUGGAAAAUAUUAUCAUGUGGAUUUGAAUCCAUUGUGGAUUACAAGAUGAUUGCAGUGGAUAUACUGGCUGAUAAGCUUAAGGACCAGAAACUUGAAGAAUGUGCCAAAACUAAGGGAAAAUCUCCGAUUACAUUUAUACAGCCAGGAGAAGGGUUUAAAUUGUCCAAGAAUGCUGAGGCAGCCAUUAAAGGCUCAGGGAAAAAAGUAUGGACGGUUAAAUUAAAUUCUGGGGACCGAAUUUCUGGUCUUACAAAAACAGAACCUCAUUCCAUUCGUAAGAAAUCUGACGAGGGUCAUCAUAGGACAGAUGGCCGACGCUCAUAUCAUGAUGACAUUUUAUCUAGAAAAGAGACUAGAAGAUCAAGCCAAGACUUACAGAGGAGUAAACUGUCUCCACAUAAACAAACAAGUCAGGAUAUUUGUGAGGAUGAAUUGUCUCAGAUCUCAACAGCCUGUGAUAACGGGAAUUCCGUAGACCCGCCCACCAAAAGACAUUGUACUGAUGUGACAUCAAAAUGGCAGCCAAAAGAAACGGAAGUUUGGAAGCCAAUUCCUGUCAUUGAUAAAGAACAUCAUUUUAGUCCAGCAUUUAGUGAUCAUUUACACUGUGAUAUUUUUACACCACCGGAAUCUCCCGUACCUCGUCCACUUUCAGCAUCUACAUAUCCCGGUUGUUAUGACAACAUGUAUAGUCCCAUUGGUGCAUCAUGGCUUGAACAAACAACUUUUAACAAAUUCAAUGCUUUUAAAAACCGUAGUCUUUCUUUUGAGGAUGAGAUUUCGUGUAGUAACGCCUCAGGAUCAACUUCAUCUGUACAGUUAGUACAUCAUCAUCACCAUCACCAUCAUCGUAAUAAAAUACCUCGGUGUCGAUCACAACCUUCAGUUCUCUACGACAGAAAAUGUGGUAUUAAACGUCGCAGAGAUUAUGAGCAUCGACCAAAAUUAAACUUUCACAAAAUGACAGAGACAGCUUAUGAGAAGUUUCCAAAAUCAACACCAGUACCUACUUUGGGCAAAGAGAAAUCAAGAUUUCAUGAAGAAUUAGAGUCUGUGAUGAGUUUAAUGCCAAUUGCUAGUUCUCCAUUAGACAAUGAUUUUCCAUUGAAAGCUGCUAUGGAAUCACGGACAAGUCCCAUAACAGAGAUGGAACAUUGUCGCAGUGAUAGUACAGAAUUUAUUGACUGUGAAAAUUAUGACGAUUCUCUUGUCAAAGGUCCAGUAAAACUUGUUGGUGAUGAUGAUGAAGAUGAAGAAAUUUUCAAGCUUCAGGAAGACCUUGAUUUAGAACAAAUUGAAAAUCAUUAAGAAAAUUGAUGAAUGAUUUUUUUUGUUGGUUGUUUUUGUUGAUAUUCUGCUGUGAUUAAGCCUAAUAUUGUUUAGCUUUAAAUAAUGUUUUAAAACGUUCAGUAUUUCUUUUUAUUGAUUUAAGAUGUUAGAGAAUACAAUGUACUGGCAUUUUUUUGAUUCUUUUAUAGGGUUUGAAAUGUUUUUCAUUGAUAAUGGUAUUUAAAAAUUCUAAAUACUUUUAAAAAUGUUCUGUUCAUUUUAAUUCAAGUCUUGUUCUUCUGUAAGAAACAAUAGAUCUCAUUCAGUGUCUUGGACUUCUUCGUCAGCUAGUGCAUUAAAAUAUAAACAAACCUAUUAUGGGUUGUACGUAAUUUGCAAACUCAGUCACACCUGUACAUAUAUAAUCACUUGAAAGGUUAAAAUGACCAAGAAUUACAUAGUAAUUAGUGUUAUCUUCAUAAGAUUUUGUAUUUUGUAUUCAUUAUGAAUCACAAUAUAUAAUUUGAGUAAUUAUUAUAUAGUUACAUGAUAAUUUCUGUAGAAAUGAAUGGUUAUUUGUCAAACAAGUUAAAGAUUGCACUGCAAUGAUAUUGUGAAAUUCUGCCUAGCCUUGUGAUAUAUUGUUAUCCUUUAGAAGGAGAAAUAAAGGUAUUAUUGAAAAGGUUGUGAUCAGUUAAGUGUUUCCAAAACUGCAUAAUGAAUAUCAAAGUUAAGAAAAUUAGUUGUCAUAAUUUUCGGCAAGAUCAAGGGAGGUUACUACAACAAAGAAACUUUGUCAGCAUGAGUCAUUAUUGUAAUAUGAACUUCAGGCAACUAAAAAUGUUCAAUAGAUGAUGAUGUCACAGUACUGUAUUGUAGUUUUUAAAUUACUUACAUUCAAAUCAUUACAUGUAACGUCACAGGCCAUACUGCAGUAUAAACACAUAGAAUAUGACUAGAAGGUCACCAAUAGUUAAUUGAAUGUAUUACUACUAUGGAGGUGUUAUAUUAAAAGUGUCUUGUACAGUUGACUUAGUGAAUAGACCUGGAUGAAGGGAAAUAAUUCAUUUGUCAGUACAUUUACCGUAAUGGGUUUCCAGAUGACUUUCCGGUAUUUCUUUGAAAAAUAUCAAAUAUUAUCUUUGUUAAUUAGAGGAGGAACACCACUAAUUCUUGGCCCUAUUACUUUCAAUGUUCUUCAACUUCCAGCAUUUUAGUACUCUUUUUUUCUACUAAGGAUUUUAUAUGACUGGAUCCCAUAUCCUAGGUCUACUUUGUUAAAUUUUGUACAAGUUUAAUACUAUUUACCAUCACUGUGAUUAUUUAGUUACACAUAUUUAUCCAUCUUUUUGUCAUUUGACAUAAGUAGAUAGAACAAUACUCCAAUGUAUGGUAGCUAGUGUCACAUUAGUUAGAAGCUAACAUGUUUUACAUAGUUUGACAUAAAUUACAUUUUCAUUGGUCACACUUAAUUUUGAGUACUAAAACAAUGGAUAUCAACCUUUUUUAAAAUCGGGUGUAUUUCACAUAUCUGUAUUAAUUGCAAAAACUGUACAGUAAUUAUUAAAUUAACUGACCCUUCACAAGAAAAUUGGUCAUCACUAAGUCUGGCUGUUACAGCUUAUAACAUAUUUGCCAUCAGUUCUUACAAUUCAGGGUAUUUUUAUAAGAUAUUAAAAUAACAUAUUUCAUUUGAUAAAUUCAGCGAUUUUUUUCUAAAAGUUUUUUAAUGAUGGUUGAACGUUAGACAUUUUCAGUCUGAGGAGAAAAUAUGGAUGUUUUUUCCUGUUAUGGACUAUCAUAUUACACUAAACAUUCCAGAUUUUUGGAAACAAUGCUUAUGUCUGAAAUAUAAUUUUCUGAUGAAUAAUGUAUAAUUAAGUCGACCUGACCUUUUUCUGAAUGCAAAAUUGAAAAUAAAAUACAAGAUUAAGCAGAAAACAUUUUUCAAUCUAAUUUAUUUUGAUGACUAUAUAUUUUUAUUAAGCUUAAGAUCAGAUUACUGACAGAAAAUUUGACAAGACUUUUGAGAUUAUGAAUGGAUUAAUACCGUUAAAGGGUCAAGGUUGAGUGUUAUCAAUACUAUGAACAAAUCAUGUUUUAAUUAAAAGAGUACAACAGCUUAUAAUAAUUUAAUCUGUAAGUACUUAUUAUAAAGUUAUUUGUUUACCUUUUUUAGAUUUAAAAAAUGAACACUUUGUGGUUUUUUGAUUUAUAAUUUAAAAUCUAUUUUGUUUGAAGAAGUUUUAAAAUCAGUCUGAUUAUGUAUGAAUGAUUAGGCUUGGACAAAUCUGUGGUCAAGAUUAUACUAUUUCUUGACCAGUUUACAAGUUUGAUAAUUACUUUCAAAUUUCAUUUUUAAAUGUGAAUAAUCUGACACUUGUCAUAGUUAAUUCUAUGAAUGGUAUUGAAGGCACUGAAAAAAACACCAUGUAAAUUGUUAUAUUUUUGUAACGGGACCCUCUGUGUACACUAUUUCAAAUUUGUUUAUACAUGUAGAUGUUUAUUUUCAAGUUCAAAAGUUUUAUCUACAGAUGAAAAUAAAAAGACAGAAAUAAGCUUAAUAGAGCUUUUAUUUAGUCUUAUUACAAACAAAAUAUUUAACAUAAUGUUUAAAUUUCCAAAUUCGAAGUGAGAUCAAAAUGUAAAUGGAAUAUAUUUGAUCCUGUGUAAUUUUUUGGUAGACUUAUAGACUUGUCCUUCUGUUUCUUUUUGGAAUUAAGUUAAACUUAUAUCUAAAGACACAUACAUGCUUUGUCAAAUGAUUUUAUUUAAUUGGUUAAAAUUAUGAUAUUGAAAUAUGCCUAGAUUACAUCUAAAAACUCAUUUGCAGUGCUGUAUUUCUUGGAAAGAUUUUAUCCAUUUAUUACAGAAGGAGUCAAAUAAAUUGGUUUAAAUGGCAUGGGUUCCAUUAACUACACUAUUUAAUAGUAUUAAAUCUCUCAUCCAAAUAAACAAAUACUGACUGAAAAAGGCUGAUAAUCUUCUAGUGCUAGGAGCGUUUAAAAUUAUUUUUGUCAUGAGCACCAAUGCCUAGUUCGAAGAGUUGCUGAGCAUUUGUAAAGGGCAUUAAGAAAAGAUGGUUUCAUUCUAAUAUACAUUUUAAACAGUGACUGCUCUCAUUCACGGACAAAAUGUUAGGUAUAUGUGAUAACCAAUACACAAAACAGAGAACCAAGAUAUAUAGUGGUGAUCCUUAGAAAGGAGCUUAUACAGAGUAUAUGAUAAACAUAAACUUUUAAGUACAGAUUGUAGACUCCCUAUGUUUUGAAAUAUGCAAGGUGACGGAGUUUGUGCUUUCAGAGAAAGUUUUGUUUAUUUAUGAAAAAGAUUUGUUCAAGAUUUAAUUAUUGAAUAGAGAGAUUAUAUGAUAAUCUUGUGUGAUAAAGUGAGAUUGUUUAUAAUUAUAAAUUAUGAAUAUAAGAUAGAUUUAUUUUUAAUUUAUUUUGUGCACAGAAUAUUAGUGUAAAGCAAGUUUUAAAUGAUAAAUAGAAUUUCAAUAUAUUUGCAAAAUAUCUUAGUUAAAUAGUCUGCACAAAGAAAUUUGGACAUGCUCUCUAUGCCUCAUGUAAAAUCAGCAACAAUAACUUGAAAUUUAAUGAAAUAUAAAAUUUCUAUAGUGACUGACAAGUACAAUAUCUAUUGACCAAUUUUUUUAGUUGAAUAUGGUUUAUUUUAUGAAAGUAUGAAUUGAGAAGAAAGAUUGUUUUAUUUUUGUGUAUAAUUACAUACAAAGUUUUAUAUUUUUACUAUCUAUUGUAUUACUACAUACUUAAGAAUUCAAGAGUUGUACCACUGACAAGGUUAAUGAAUUCAAAGCGAAACAAAUAAAAGAAAAUCUUAAAAACUCUUUAUUUGUCCAAAUUGUAUUUUCAAAAUAGCAGUUGCAAUGCAUUUAUAUUCCAAAGGGAGUUAUCCCCCAUUGUUUCCUGUUUAAAUCCAGAACAUUGUUAAAAAUCCAUUUCAUUUCCAACAUAAAUCCAUCUAUUGUUUACCAUUUCAUGUUGAUAUUGUUGAUGUAAAUAUACAGCAGAUUUUUGUGUUACUAUGGUGACCAUAUUUAUUACUUUUUGUGUUGACACAAUGUUAGAGUUUAAUAAAUAAUUUAAAUUUG